AUGCCACUGAUCAACAAAACCACCUCUGGUCGCCAGGCUGCCGUCUGGAAUGUCGACAAACCUGAUUCUGUCAAACCAGCCGAGUCGGCUAUUCUCCCCAGCGACGGAAGCCACGAAGGCGAGUCAAUCAUUGGCGUGGACGGACGAACAGCCGUUGCCUUGGAAGAUAUUCAAGAUGGUGGCAAAUAUCGAUCCGUCGUCAAGAUCCUUUCCUGCUUCGCAAACAAGGAUACUGGCGAGGAUGUCUGGAUGAUGGGAACAGGGUGGCUCAUUCGACCUGAUCUCCUCAUCACAGCUGGUCAUGUGGUCUACGACUGGGGACAUCGCCUGGGAGCCACCACCCAGAUAAAAUGUUACAUUGGCUACAGAGGCCGCGCGUCAGUCAAGAGCGGCGGCUCUUGCCAAGCCAGAUAUGCUACAACCAUCAUCACCACCGCCGAGUGGCUCCGGUCUGCAGACAACCGUGAUCGCGACGUGGCCUUUAUCCAGGUCAAUGCUCCAUUCACAGGCAAGCUCAACAAUUUCACAUUUAGCGACACAAAGUCUAAAGACACGGCCGAGUUGGGUAUUGUUGGGUACCCUGCCGACAAGUCGCUUGACAACAAGGAAGACGGUGGCGAAAUGUAUGAGCAGUACAAGUCGACUACGUAUGAUAUUAGCAAGAGCUCGCGCCACAUGAUUGAGUACCAGAUUUCGACAUUUGGAGGACAGUCUGGAGCUCCCAUCAUUAGCCGAAAGGGCAAAACCUUGGACGUCAUUGGCACGCACUGCUAUGGCGGCGGCGGCACCGAAAACAACUCUGGCAACUCGAUUGGCGGUGACUGGGGAAAUCCUUACUACAGCUUCAUCAGUCUCCUGACCCUUGACCAUUCCACCUUUGGCACCGCUUCCGACAUAUCACAGGUGGCUGUCUCGGGAACGGGCGGCGGCAAGGAAUCCGAGAGCGCAUCUGCUGAUGGUGAGGAGGGUUUCCUCGACGUUUUCAAGACGGUCGCGCGCAUUGGCUCUUCGGUCGCACCUCUGGCUGGUGGUCUUCUCGGCCCUGCCGGAGGUAUCAUCGGCACCGUUGCCGGAGGUAUUCUGGGCUCCUUGUCCGAGGCCACGGCCGCCGCGACAGAGAGCGAGUUGGCGGACAACGGCGCUGCGGAGCGUGCCCUCCUUGCCGAAGCCUGUCUCGGAGCCGUUCUGCGGCUUCCCAAGGAUCAUCCCAUCGCCAAGAAGAUCAUCGGCCACAUGACUCGCAACUACAAUCUUCACGCCCCCAACAUCGACGCCAUCGCAGCUGCCAUUACCCCUGCCGUCACCGGGGCUGCCGUGGACAUUACCUCUGAUCGCUACAGCCAGGUCCUCAAGCAGGGCGUUCCGACUGGUCGGGAGCCGCUUCUUCCCGCGAAGCCCCUUGGCGUUACCGCUCCCGAGAGUGCCUUUGGCGAAGGCAGCGGCUUCGUGGAGGGCCUGUUUGGGCCUACCCGACCCGUCCCUGGAGCAGAGGGAUUCUUUGACUGGGUCGGCCCGGUGCUCAAUACCGCCGUCAGCGUUGCCACGCCCAUCGUCUCCUCGGCCGCCAAGACGGUCAUCACCGACGUUGCGCCCAAGCUCCUCAACCAGGUUGUCGGCUCCCUCGUGGGCGGAGCAGGAGGGCCUCCAGCUCGCGGCACCGAGUCGGCCGACGUUACCGAGGGGAUCCUCGCCCAGCCCGUCCUGCUUUCCCAGAAAACCCCCCAGGUGCGCCUGCUGCUGAAGCGUGCUCUCGUCGCCGACGCUGCUCUGCAGGCCCUCCAGUCUUUGCCGGCAGACCAGCUCAAGGGCCUCAAGGUGAUGCCAGCAACUCCGGGCGGUCAGACAGAGGGCUUCUUUGACAGCAUCAAGAGCGCGGUACAAAAGAUGGGCCCCUCGGUGCUCAGCACGGCCAAGGCGGCUGCCAAGACCAUUGCGCCAGUGCUCAUCCAAGCAGCCGCCAACAAGGCUAGCGAUCUUAUUGGCGUCCCUUCUGAGUCGACAACUGUUCCCAACGGGCAGGAUGCUCCCGCCGGCCUCGUCAAGCAGCAAUCGGUGCUUGACGGUUUGCUCGACGGCGUUUCAGCAGCAACCGAGGUGAGUCCACGCAGCAACCCCGUCCAUGUCAUGAUGGCGAUGAAGUCGCAUGCCGCCGCCGAGGAGGAACCUCUAAACCUCGGCGCUGAGCUUAAGAGGCGCGAGCGGGAAUGGGUCCCGUCUGAGCAACCACGCAAGGAGUGGGACGAUAACGACGACCUCCCUCGGGUGUUCAAGGGGACGCCGCCGGCGGACCCCUGA